UAUAUACGCCAUCCUUAUUUACCAAGCCCGGGCUCAGCCACCAGUGUUUUGUAGACUCUAGAGAGAAGAGAGAGAAAGUUUGUGUAGAGAGAGAAAGAGAGAUGGCAAUUGCAUUUGGGAGGUUCGAUGACAGCUUCAGCUUGGGGUCUCUUAAGGCUUACCUGGCGGAGUUCAUCUCCACUUUGCUCUUUGUCUUCGCCGGCGUUGGCUCAGCCAUUGCCUACAACAAGCUGACCUCUAGCGCGGCCCUAGAUCCAGCGGGGCUGGUGGCCGUGGCCCUGUGCCAUGGCUUCGCACUCUUCGUUGCUGUUGCAGUGGGUGCAAACAUCUCCGGUGGCCAUGUCAAUCCCGCUGUCACCUUUGGAUUGGCCAUCGGCGGCCAAAUCACCAUUUUGACUGGCAUCGUUUACUGGAUUGCCCAACUCGUUGGUGCCAUUGUUGCUUCCUUUUUGCUCAAGUUCGUCACAGGUGGCUUGGCUAUCCCGAUCCACAGUGUGGCCUCCGGAGUGGGCGCAGUUGAGGCCGUAGUCAUGGAGAUUGUUAUCACUUUUGCCCUUGUCUACACAGUCUACGCCACAGCUGCUGACCCCAAGAAGGGCUCCCUAGGGACCAUUGCACCCAUAGGCAUUGGGUUCAUAGUGGGUGCCAAUAUCUUAGCCGCCGGUCCCUUCUCGGGUGGGUCCAUGAACCCAGCUAGGUCCUUUGGCCCAGCCGUGGCUAGUGGUGACUUCACUGAUAAUUGGAUCUACUGGGUUGGUCCUCUCAUUGGUGGUGCUUUAGCUGGUCUUGUGUACCCUAAUCUUUACAUGUGUGCUCCUACCCAUGCUCCUCUUGGUGAUGACUACUAAGGUUUAGGGGUUUGUAAUGUAUUGUUUUCUUGGGGUAAUUGGGGUUUGGGGUGUAUUUUUUUAAGGUCUUGUGACUGUGCAUUGUCUUGGAAUAAUGCCAUUUCUUUUCCUUUGUACCUCUCAUCUCCUCAUGAGAUGUUCACAACCUCUGUCUUGUUUGAGCCUCCACACAGUGUCCCCUCUUUGGAUCCAUAGACCUUGCUACUUACUCUUUAUCAAUGUUAUUAAGACCAUAUCAGUAGCCAAACAU